AUGAGUGGUUACCCAAGGCGCAAUCACGAUGGCUCUGACAGCUACAUGGUGAACCACCAGCUCCUACCUGUUCCGUACAGUCACGGUGACAGUCACGACUUUGGGUUAAAUGAUUCAGGAUCGUAUCCUUUCCAGCAGCAAUCAUUCAGUACCUAUGCAUCACAUUUUGGUUCACCCUAUAGCCAUUCUGGCAUCACAUCCAGCACGCAUCAUCUGUCACCACAUCAUUCACCGGGACAUUCGGUCCCAUCGACUCCUGAUCAUGUACCUCUUCAGCAUCACAUCCAAUACAUGCCUCAGUCACGUUACCUUCAAUCACCAGGGUUUCUGCCACUUCGUGAUGCAUUUAGCGAGGCAGAUAUUGAAAGCCAGGAUUCACAGAAUGAGAAUUCGAUGCUAUCGGAGCCAGUCAUCCCUCCUCUGGACGGCUUUCCUAAU